AUGACUUCGAUACACGACGGACAGAUGGCCUCCUCAUCCCUCGAUGCCCGGGUAGAAGACUUCCUGGACGACCGCCUCCAGACGUCCACCGACCUCGAGUCCCUAGGCGACCUGCUCGCCAACGUGGAGCUCCAGCGCAACCAGCUCCAGACGCAGCUGGACGACGCCGUCAAGCAGCUGGACGAGGCCCGUCGCACGGCGGGGGGACGCCAGGACGCCAUCCAGGCCCAGAUCGACGAGUUCCAGCAGCUCCAGGAGAGCAUCGACAAGCGGGCCGCCGUGGCCGCCAGCUCCGAUGCGCCCGACCAGGCCAUUGCGCGGCUGCAGGGCCCGAUGAGGAAGCUGCGGGCCGUGGAGACGGCGCGGCGCUACCUUGCCCUGGUACAGGACGUCGAGGCCCUGCGGUCGCAGGCGCGCGCCCAUCUCCCCUCCAGCCCCAAGGGCGCGCUGGAGCCGUACUCGCGCCUCAAGCAGCUGGCCUCCACGCUCGAAGAGGCCCAGGGUGACGAGAAGCUCCACCUAGUCGACUACGUGGCCGGCGUGGCCGACAACCUGUGGACCGAGAUGAAGGACAUCAUGAUGCGCGAGUUCGACGCCGUGCUCAGGGAGAGGGGCUGGCCCCGCGUCGAACCGGCAUCCCAGAUGGACGACGACUGGGUGGCCGCCUUUGACAAGCUGCUCGACCUGCAGAUGCCCGAGGUCCUCUAUAGCGGCUCCAACCCCGGCGAACCGCUGACCCUGCUCCCGCUGCAGUCCAUGUGCGCCAUCUUCGCCGCCGAGUUCCGCUUCCAUUUCCUGGGCGACAGGCCCACCAGCGACCCGCAGGCCGUGGCCACCCACUGCUUCCCCUGGCUCCUCAUGACGGUUGAGAAGUGGGAGGUCUUCCUGCGCGACAACCUGGGCCACCUCCUCGUCGCGCGCUUCGCGGGCACGCACCUGGCCACCAGCCUCGUCUACGUCGACCCUGUGUGCGCCUUCAUCACCGCCAUGCUGCCCGUGGUGCGCGAAAAGGUGCACGACGUAGCUCGCAAGGCGGCGUCCAAGAGCUCGUCCUUGCUGAGCAGCUUCAUCUCCCAACUCAUGACCUUCGACGACAACGUCCGCGCCAGGUUCGGCUACGACGGCGGCGAUCGAGACAAUGGCUGGCCGGGUCUCACCACCGACGUCCUGGACACGUACUUUGACAGGUGGUUCCAGGCAGAGAGGGACUUUGCCAUGGAUCGCUAUCGGUCCAUCCUUGACGCCCCCGACAGCCGAAACAUUGACUACGAAUAUGCCGCCGACGGCCGCAUGAAGCCCACGUACGGCGCUGUGCGCGUCACCGACCUCUUACGCUCCGUGACCAGCCAGUACAACCGUCUGCGCAAGGUCCGUCACAAGGUUCGUUUCCUCGUGGAUAUCCAGGUCGACAUCCUAGACGACUUUGACGGCCGUCUGCGUGGCUCCCUCGAGGCCUACCAGUCCAUGACAUCGACUCUCGGGAGGACCCUGCACGGUGCUACGAAGGAGGAACUGGCAGCCCUCGACGGCAUUGGCGGGCUCGAGAGCCUGGCCAAGGUCCUGGGUAGCUCUGACCACAUAAUCACCACGCUGAAGGAUUGGGGAAAUGAUGAGUUCUUCCUCGAAUUGUGGGAGCAGCUCCAAGCCGGAUCGGCCAAGCGCGGCAGCGGGACCGACUACGAACAAGGCCAGCCGGCCACUUCAACCCCCGACUCAGACGGCGCCCUGUUCGACGAGACAGCCGCAUCAUACAGCCUGCGCCGCAAGACAGCUCAGGAGCUCAUGGUAUCGGCGCUGAGCGAGUCGCACUCCAAGGCCUUCAGGACCUACAGGACAAGAGCGCAAUUCACCAUGCCGGACAGCUCCGAUCUAGGCGACCAGCUCGUCAUCUCUCCUGAGCUCGACGAGCCGCUGCACACGCUGACGCGCAACCUCGAGUUCACAGCCAAGGCGCUCUCGGCGGCCGUGUUCCGUCGCGUGUGGCGUCUCGCACUGGGCAAGCUGCAGGACCAGCUGUGGAACGAGGUACUCCUCCGUCAGAACUUUACCGCCUCGGGAGCCAGACAGUUCCUCUACGAUGGCAGGGCCAUCGUCACCCUGGUAGACCGGUACACGGCUGGCAGCGGAGGCGGUGCCGCCGCCAUGGCCGCACUGCUAGAAGGCAUGAGACUGCUCAGCCUGCCUGUCGAGGCCAACGGGGCAGACGAUUGCCAUGUCAUGACCAUCAAGAGGGCGAGCGACGGCGUGUUUACGGAUAAUGACGAGGCGAGAAAGGUGCUCGAGGAGCUGGGCUUGUCGGAGCUGACACCACAGAAUGCGCGGUACAUUUUGCAGAGAAGGGUAGAGAACAACGAGGACGUGGAGUGGUAG